AUGUCUGUAGCCGAAGUUCAGUUCGAGCAUUACCGGGCGCCCAACACCCUGGGCGUCCAGGAAACAGCGCCCCGCCUCAGCUGGAAGAUCAAAGAACAGCACUCUGUCUUCAGUCAACGUGGUUACGAAGUCAAGUUAACUGUAUAUGACUCCCGAUUGCAAGUUUUGCACUCUUCAUUGGCCACUCGUCACUCGACAAUCUCGCAAUUAGUCCCGUGGCCUUUCGACGACUCGCUACAGUCACGUCAGCGAGUUUCUGUCAGCAUUCGGGCCUGGGAUGAUCAAGGGGAAAGCACUCCCUGGAGCGACCCUGUAGAGCUCGAGAUUGGCCUUUUGGAACGCUCUGACUGGGUGGGUGAACGGAUUGCGGCGCCGUGGGCUGGUCUCACCAAGGGACCUGACUGCGAGCAGCUUUUUCGCAAGCAAUUUCACAUUGACCCUUGCGCCGGCAAUCCCUUGGUCAAAGCACGCUUAUACAUCACAUCACAAGGCGUUUAUGAAGCAGAAAUCAACGGAGUCCGU